AUGGAGGCUCAUGUAUUGGAAUUGUCAGUGGAUCCCUGCGGGAACAUCCGGCGGGCCUUGCUUUCAGCCUUGCUCCAGCUGAAGACGGUUACUUCCUUGGACAUCUCAGGACAGCCUCUGAGGAAGGCCGGCUUCGUAGAGUUGAGCAGCUUCUUACGGGCCGACAGAAAGCUGGAGAUCCUUCGGGCCUGCGAUGUGGCAGCUCCGCACACUGCUUGCGCGGACAUGGUGGACUUCACGAAGGCAAUGGAGAUUAAUAGUAGCUUGGUGGUCUUGGACUUGCGCAGCAACCGGCUUCAGCCCGGCAUUGCGGGGCGGCUCCGACGUACUAUGGAAGAGAAGCGAAGCACCGUGCCUUUGGCCUUCGACGCCAAGAUCUGCUUCCUCCUGUGCAAUCGACAUCUUCCAGGCCAUUUGCAGCUUCCAGAGGUCGCUCAAGUUUUUGAAGCCAGCCGCUUGUACACCGGCGGCGCCCACAGCCCACUCUUCAUGAUCUUCCAAUUCUGCGGGCGGCCGCGGCAACUGUUGUUGGAUGAAGCAUCAGGCAGUUCCCCAGAACUCUACGACCAGACCCACCCCGCCUGGCUGCCUGCCCGGCCGAGCGUAACUAGCCGUCAGGCGCUACUAGCCAUGAGGCUAGGAAGAAGAUGGGAUGAAGCGAGAGCUGACGAGAUGGAUGAUGAGGACGGCUGGCCGAUGAUUCCACCUGGGUCGCCGGGGGUGCAGAGCCUUGAGUCGGAGAUGUCCGUAGAGUCGGACCGUUGGGGCCCGCUGGAGUGGCUCAUGGCUCUGUUGAGCUUCUCAGCCUUUUCUUGCCAGUUCGUUCAUCGCGGUAUGCCAGAGGGAGCAGUCGCCAACGUGACGAUUGCCCGGACAUCUGCGCAGCAGUUCCAGUGCCAUGUACAGUGCGGCCGUCCUGUUGCUCUCUUGGUGCUGCUGGGGCCUUCGCUGGCUGCAACAUCCUGGAACCAGAAGUCCUAUGCGUUUUUGGCGACAGAAUCCCACAUAGUGAUUGACAUUGAUCCUUAUCCCGACGACGAGGUGAUGCACGAGUUUGACGUCGAUGGGACAUCCACCCCAGACGACGAGGGAGUACACGAAAGGAGAAGAUCUGACGAGGUGGCCCAGAUGCAGGCCACUAGGCCCGAGAUCAUCAGAGCAGCGCCGGUUUGCACCGUCCUUCGUGGCCUCGCCAGGCCCCUCCGGGGCGCAGCGGGAGAUUUCUAUCACUUCAGUCGACAGACAAAUCGCCUCAGCGCGUUUUGGUCUCACAGCUGGCAUGGCUCGGCUAUGCAGAAGAUUGCCAGCAUAUUCUUUUUUUACAAAGCCACCGCCGCCACGGUACUCGGCACCACGGCAGCUGUCGGCGCCGAUGUAUUCUUUGCACUGAAUCUUCUCCCCGGCUUCGGUGCUCAGGGCCGCUCCUGCUGGUGGGGUGUGAUCACAGGUUGCUCGACUUACCUCUUGGUCAUGCUGUUCUGGCAGCCGCGGCAGCUGGUCUUUCUCGAUCGCGUUUGCAUCUCCCAAUCUGACCCUGGUCUCCAAGCAGAGGGACUCCUGAGCUUGGGAGCGAUCCUGAAGAGUUCCGACAGUAUGCUGGUGCUGUGGGAUCCCUCUUGGGCACGGCGCUUGUGGUGUGUGUUCGAAUUGGCAGCCUUUCUUCACAGCCGGCCCCCGGGUGAGACGCCUCGAGUCCUAAUCCGGCCGACGAUCCUCGGAUUCACGAUCUUGGCAUUUUGGUUCGCAGGUGUGCUUUUCGCAUGUUGCUUGUACAUCACCUCGCAACUGUUUUCGGACACCUCCAUCUAUUACGUCCUCAUUUUGGCGCUGGUGCCUGGUGCUGGGAUAUUCUUCGUAGUUGCGCACCUGGUCCGUGAUUUCUGCCGUUCUGUGACGACGAUGUGCCACCAGAUUGGUGAAUUUCGCUUUGAAACAGCUGAGAGUUACUGCUGCUCCACCAACCACCGGUCUGACUCCGGGGAGACGAUGAUUUGCGACCGGGAGGUCAUCCAGCAAACCAUCAACAUUUGGUUUGGAAGUGUGGAGUCUUUUGAGCAGCGCGUCCAGAAUGAGGUGUGUGAUUUGCUCUCGCACCAGCUCUUACAUCGCAUGAUCUCCUACUGGAGGCUGGCCGAGGCCACUCCGAUGUUUUUCUUGCUCCUACUUGAUCAAGCAGCCGAACGCUUACACGAUGGAUUGCAGGACGACACUGAGUCCUUCUUCGGUGUGUACCACCUCAUCCGCGGAAUCAUCUACUGGUUGGCAGUGAUCCCUUUUCUGAUGCGCGUUCUGCUCCGUGUAGCAUGGAUGCUGCAGGCUCAGCACCCUUGCCGACUGCUCGACUGGAUGAAGACUUCCCUCAUCCUGCUUGUGGCAUGUGUCCUCGUAAUCGCGUUUGUAUCUCUCGACAUCUUCGGUGGCUUCUACGCAUUUGUCUUUACAUCCAUCUCUUUGGCUUUAUUCACUUGGCGAUACCUGCCGGUGCCAGUGCCGAAGCGCGCCAAGAGUACUGAGUGA